CCGAGCCAGGUAUGGAGGCUAGAUGGCUCGGAUCUCCGUUUCAGUGGUAGGAGGUUCCGGGUUAACGUUGCUGCCGCAGCGAACGGAAGUUUGUAGCCGCUGGCGUUGCCGUCUUCUCCCCUUCUAGUGGAGGUCAAAAACGCCCCACCCCCGGCCGUCUCCGCCCCUCUCCGGGCUGUCUUUUCUCCCCGCACCGCCAGGUGGGGGUGGUUGGCCUCUCCUUCCCCUGCUCCCGGGUCACGUGGGCUAUCCCCUCCCCAGCUGACCUAAGAGAUUCUACGAAUGUUUGGAUACUUCCGAGAUCCCCGAAGCCCCCGGGGAUCAAAGGAGAAAUAAGUUUCCUUCCUUGCCAGUGGAAUUGACACAUCUGCUUGAGGAGUUUUGAGUGCUGUGAUGCAGGUUAAACUGCUUCAAGAUCUGGCCAAAUCUUCCUGCAUUUUAGCAAAAAUAUGCCAGUGCCAAAGUAUCCCUAGAGUUCUUCUUCCAACACUGAAACCACUACAGGAAUUUGAAAAGACAACAUGUAGGACCGUGACAAUAAAUCGAAACUUGGGUUUAUGCUUUUCUGAAAAUUCAGCUGGUGGUUUGAAAUAUUCAUUUCCUGGACACAUCAUCUGGAAAGUGUCAGCUAAAAGCAUAAUAUCUCAGUUGAAGACUGUGUUCUGCAGAGUUGAAAAAAUGAAUGUUCCAUCCCUGAAAUCUUUUGGUACUUCCAGAAAAAUGAAUCACACACUAAGUCUAUUGUAUACUAAGUGGCCUAUGAAAAUAUUAAAGAGGCAUUAUUCAUCUAUACCUACUGGAAAACUAGAGGUUCAGCAAGUCAAGAGACCACUAAAAGCAUCUAGGACCAAACAGCCAUCCAGAGCUAACCUUCCACUUUCAUCUGUGAAUGAGGACCUGAGACCUGAUCACUGCACAGCCUUUGCAACAGCAGAUGAAUAUCAUCUUGGUAAUCUGUCCCAUGAAUUGGGAUCUCAUGGAUACGUGGAAAUAACCAACUUGCCUAGAGAUGCAGCAAAUAUUUUGGUGAUUGGUGUAGACAAUUCUGAAAAAGAAUGUGAUCCUGGAACAAUCUUUUUCUUCAGGGAAGGAGCCGUUGUAUUUUGGAAUGUGGAGAAUAAAACUAUGAAACAUGUGAUGCAGAUUUUGGAAAAACAUGAAGUUCAGCCUUAUGAAAUGGCAUUAGUUCACUGGGAGAAUGAAGAACUUAACUACAUGAAAGCAGAGGGCCAGUCAAAACUUCAUAGGGGGGAAAUCAGGUUAAAUUCAGAAUUGGACAUAGAUGAAAUCAUACUGGAGAAAUUUGCCUUUUCAAAUGCCCUUUGCCUUUCAGUGAAACUGGCUAUUUGGGAAGCAUCACUGGAUGAUUUUGUCGAGUCCAUUCAGUCAAUUCCUGAGGCUUUAAAAGCUGGAAAAAAGGUGAAACUUUCUCAUGAAGAGGUUAUGCAGAAAAUGGGACAACUUUUCUCAUUAAGACACCGUAUAAAUUUGAGUUCAGACUUCCUGAUGACCCCUGAUUUCUACUGGGACAGAGAAAACUUGGAGGCACUUUAUGAUAAAACUUGUCAAUUCCUUAGCAUUACUCGUAGAGUGAAGGUAAUGAAUGAGAAGCUUCAACACUGCAUGGAACUAACAGACCUGAUGCGAAAUCACCUGAAUGAGAAGCGAGCACUCCGCCUAGAAUGGAUGAUUGUUAUACUUAUCACCAUAGAGGUAAUGUUUGAACUUGGCAGACUGUUGUUUUAAUUAUGUGAACAAAGAUGUGGAUAACUGAAAAAAUGACAGAAAAUAUACCAAAAAGUGUCAUUGACAAAUGUGUAAAUAAUAGGAAGUAAACAGGAAGCAAAUGUUUCCUUUUGUCUGAUCUUUUAUAGUGCUUCUGAUCUUUGUAUAUAUCUUUCUGGUCAAAUAAAAAUUAUUACUUGUACUCAAGUUGCAUUCUCUCCCUCUACCCGUAGUUCAAUUUUUAAAAAUAAUUAAGAAAUUCAGAUAUUGGUAUUCCUACAUGCAAGAUACAAUAAAAAAUUACCCAUUUUAUCUUGUGUGAUACUCUUUGUCAUGAAUUCAUCUAUCCAUAGGUAUUAAAAUAUACCUAGCUUGCCCUUUUCAAACAAUUCAACCACUUUUUAAUAUUUUUCAAUAUAAUUUCUCUUACAAGUGAACACAUUCUCUAGCCUUCUAAAUACCUAAUUUAAGGUAGCACAAUCUACUCCUAUAUAGAACCUGCUUCUUUAUGGCUAUCAAAGAUGGAUAUACCUUGAUAGAAAUCUCCAUGAUUAUUAACCCUCUAAUACAUAUAUAAAAUUAAAACAUACUUUUAUUGAAGUGUUUUCUUUGGUGAGGAAUGAACAUAAUCAGUCCUGUUGCAUAGCUACGCAAUACUGACAAUUUGGAAAUGCAAGUAGAGUACUUCUUAAGAUUUACAUGUAUAAAAACAAUUUUCUUCCAGAUUUUAUCAGUGAAAUCUAUAUUUGGUUCUCAAAAAUCAUUUAACUUAAUGUACCACUUAAGACACUUACUUAAGAAGUAUACUUCUCUUUACUGUAGAUCCCUACUUAAUAAUGGCACAAAAUAAAGUGAGUUCUGACUGGCA